AACGACGUUACGAGUAAGUUUUUUUUUCCUUAAGCGCCAUUCGUUAAUAAAAUUUUGUUUACGAACCAGAUGUGCUCGUGAUCUAAUUAUAAUGCAUGUGUCAUUGUAUCGUUUGUCCGUUACGUAAAAUCGGUGGAUGUGGCAAGUUACAGAACUGCGAGUGAAGACGGUGAAAAAAAACUAAAAGCGCCUCGGCCACUUGAGUGUAAGAGCACUACACACUCCAGCCUGCCUCAGCUCCCAGUGGGUCUCUGUGUAAACCCGACAUUACAAACAUGCAGAACCACAGGCCCUUUCUUGUGUUGCUGUUCUUCGCCUUUGCAGUCGGGUUUCUCGCGGUUGUGUUCGUCUUGAGAUGGGCUUUACACUUCAGAGAGGGUUUAGCCUGGGAUGGAGGAGCCAAAGAAUUUAACUGGCAUCCUGUUCUGGCUGUGACUGCUUUUAUUUUUCUUCAAGGUAUCGCAAUUGUUGUGUACAGACUUCCAUGGACGUGGAAAUGCAGUAAGCUGAUGAUGAAGUUCAUUCAUGCUGGCCUGAAUGUGCUGGCCUUCAUCCUGGCCAUCAUCUCUCUGGUAGCAGUGUUUGACUUCCACAACAUGCAGAAUAUUCCAAAUAUGUACAGUUUGCACAGCUGGGUGGGAUUAGCUGCAGUUAUACUCUUCUCACUGCAGAUUGUGCUUGGAGUCUGCAUCUUCCUUCUGCCUCAAAGCCCAGGAUAUUUGCGAGCUGCAUUUAUGCCUAUACAUGUCUUUAGUGGUCUGUUCAUCUUUACCACUGUUAUUGCUACGGCACUUAUGGGCAUCACUGAAAAGCUCAUAUUUGGCCUGAAAGAUCCAAAAUACAAAGAUUCUCCUCCAGAGGCUAGUUUUGUAAAUGUGCUCGGAUUGCUAAUAACGGUGUUCGGGGCACUCGUACUCUGGAUCGCCACUCGACCCUCCUGGAAGAGACCUAGUGAGCAGCAACUGCAUUCCCUGCACAACAAUGAACCGGCAUCAGUAGGCACCAAAACAAACACCACAGAGUCUGAGAGACCUGACCCAGACAGUGAGGCCCGCAGAAGAAAUGGCAAAAUGGAGGAGUAAGGACCAGUGUAAGAGAAGAACUCUUUUUUUUUUUUUUUUACUGAGCUUAUUAUUCCGGAGCAGGCAAAACAUCUCUUCAUAGAUAAGCUUGGACAUUUUCUGUUUCUGUGUUCAAAGAGAUUUGGUGCACUGUUGCCAAUAUAAAGAAAAGUAUAUUUUACAAGAGGUGCUACAUAUCUCAUAGCUAUUUUUGUAAAUGGCAUUACAGUACACAACAAGUAAGAUUUCACUGGUAUCAUGAAUUUGCAGUGAACUCCUUAAUCUUUCUCUUCAAACUUAACUGAAACUAUUAUCGAAUGAGUUACUGACUUUAAGAAAUUUGUUUUUUUCUUUUAGCUUUUACCUUGUUUCCUUUUCAGGUUAUUCUCUGUUCCGCUAGUAGUCAUUUAGUAAUUUGUCACCGUAUCAUUAUGCAAUAGUUACGAUAUACUUAAUACCUAAAGAUACUGUAUAUCUCACUUUUCAGUUCAUUAUCCUGCAGUGAGACUUUUUGUAUAGUUUACAAAAGAUUUGGAGCUUUAGCAAACGCUAGAACAGGUCAAUUAAAUUAAAUACAGCAACAUCAGUCAGCUUCUUCAAUCAGCGAUAUGUUAAAAAAUUAAUUGUUUAUAUGUGGUACUUUACAGAGCAAUCUAAGUGUUCUUCAACAUAUAUUUGUCAGCUGAUUAAGUUAACUGCAAAUAACAUUAAAAGAACGCUUCUUUAUACUGCAUUUUCUCAUCCAAUUGGAAACUGAACCAGUAUUCUUACUCAGUUAUAAAUAUUACCAAGUAAUACUAGUGAUUGUCAAAUUUAACAACAUUAAUAAAAUAUAUAUAUAUAUA